UGUCAAUGUGCGCUCUUUUUACCUUUUUAACUGACGUCAUCACUUCUCUCCUCCUCCAAAUCUCAUAUUAUAGAGAGAGAAAGCUUUCAUCUCCAUCUCCAUCAUUAUCUUCUUCUUCUUCAUAACACACAUUUGACUCUGUAAUAAUUUCACACAUUCUCACAAUCAAUCCUUUCCAUGGAGAAAUCAGAUCCUCAACCUCCAAACACCGAUCCAACCCCUUCCUCCUUCCACCGCCGAUCUCGCUCCGACGACAUGUCAAUGUUCAUGUUCAUGGAUCCGCUCUCCUCCGGUCCACCGCCGCCUUCCUCCGACGAUCUCCCCUCCGACGACGAUCUCUUCUCCUCCUUCAUCGACGUCGACAGCCUCUCCACGAAUCCGCACCCCACAAUCGCGUUUCCGAAUCAGACUAACUCCGUCUCCGGCGCCGUUCCGUCCUCGUCGUCGUCUCGUCCACGUCACCGUCACAGCAACUCCGUUGACGCGGGAUGCGCGAUGUACGCUAAUGAAAUCAUGGACGCGAAGAAAGCUAUGCCUCCGGAGAAGCUAUCUGAGCUUUGGAACGUUGAUCCUAAACGGGCCAAAAGGAUCUUAGCGAAUAGGCAAUCUGCAGCUCGUUCUAAGGAGAGGAAAGCAAGGUACAUUCAAGAGCUUGAGCGUAAAGUUCAAUCUCUUCAGACUGAAGCCACUACUCUCUCUGCUCAGCUCACUCUCUUCCAGAGAGAUACAAAUGGACUUGCAAACGAAAACACAGAGCUAAAGCUCAGGUUACAAGCAAUGGAGCAACAAGCUCACCUUCGUAAUGCUUUAAACGAAGCAUUGAGGAAAGAACUUGAGAGGAUGAAGAUUGAGACUGGAGAAAUCUCUGGUAAUUCAGAUUCCUUUGACAUGGGAAUGCAGCAGGUUCAGUACUCUCCUUCAACCUUCAUGGCUAUUCCACAAUAUCAGCAUGGCUCAGUCAACAACGGCCAAGAUAUGCAGCAGAUGCACGGAUACAAUCCAAUGGAGGCCAUGUCCAACUCUCAGAGCGUGUCGGAGUUUCUGCAGAACGGGAGAAUGCAAGGGCUAGAGAUAAGUAGCAAUAACAGCUCAACCUUGGUAAAAUCUGAAGGACCUUCUCUCUCUGCUAGUGAGAGUAGCUCUGCCUAUUGACAAAAAAGGCUCUGAAUACAUCUGUUAAUAGGCUUUACAAUUCAUUUGAUUUGAUUCCAUUCCCUUUCUACUACUAUUUAUUUAUUAACUGUGUUGGUCUUGUGUUGUUGUGAUUUGUGAGUUUUCAUUGUUUGUUGCUACCCUCAUUGUUUGUUCUUCAAGGAACAAAUAAGAUUCUAAUAAAUUAGUAUUCCUCUUGGUAAUAAAUAAUG